UACGUCGCUGAUGUAAACACAGAGGACCAUUUUGAUCAGAGAAAUCCAGAGGCCAGAGUACAGCAGCUCAUCAAGGCCUUACUCUUAUCACCUAUGCAACGCCUGAAAUAGUCCUCGCGCCAUGGAUUUCUAUAUCAAUCUGAAGGUGAAUUUCCGAGGGAAUGCGAAGAGUUUUUUGCUGUCUGGCUCAGAGACGAAGAGUUGGGAGUCUACGGAGGCCAUGGUGAAGAGGUCUUUUAGCCUGUGUAAUUUACAAGUGACGUAUAUCGAUGAGGAGAAUGAAGAGGUAUCAAUCAACAGCCAAUUGGAAUAUGAAGAGGCCCUGAAGAGUGCUGCACGACAGGGGAACAGACUGCAAAUGAAUGUGUAUGAGACAAGGGGCAGUACAGCCAGAGUGCCAGCAUCGGGUCCACCACAAGGGUCGGGGGUGGGUUUGGCUCAGGUGAAACCUGGUAGUGUUGGAGAACCCAAGAAGGGAUUCAGGCCUCCUCAACACUGCCCUACUUUGGCGCAAGUAGUGAGUCGCAAAGUGCAAGCUGCAGUCCCAGAGGAAGGAUUGGUAACUGUAAAUGAACUCAAAGGUGGAAAAGCGGAGGAUAAGACACCUCCAGCCUGGUUCACGUCAUACAUGGAAAAGUUUAAGGACCAGGUGGUUCGGGAAGCAGUAGAAAAGAUCUGCAGGGAGUUCUCUGGACAAUGCUGCAUCCAUAAGCCAGUGGGAGCAGAGGCACAAAUUCCUGAGGUCACCUCAUCCACACUGCCUGGGGCCCCAAGUUCAGCUCCAGCCUGCAGCAGCUGCCGGGGCCAGACUGCAGGUGGCGGAUACCAGUGCAGUGUGUGUACCUCCUGCACUCUGUGUGAGCCUUGCAGCUUCUCACAUGAUCCAAGCCACAACCUUGUGAGAGCCAGAACUCCCCUGUCCAUUCCUGAGCAUGGUUCUCCAGCACCAGACCACAGCAGGUUCUACAGAAGGGGUGACAGGAGCUUUCGUAAGGCAGAGAAGCAGCGCCUUAAAGCGGAGAAGCGACAGCUUAAAGCGGAGGUGAAAGAGAUCAGGAAACAGCUGAGGAUGGAGAGAAGAGGGCUGCAGUGGAGUGCUGCUGGAGAAGGGAGCUCUUCACCUGUCCUGCUGCAGCCACGGGCCACACAGGCAAACAGCCCAGAUCGUCCUAAACGUCCAUGCCCAUUGUCUGUGCCAGCUAUGACGGCUCUUCUUCUGGAUGAAAACCUGCCUGAUGGAUCACGUCUGCGUCCUGGGACCAAAUUCAUCAAAUACUGGAAAAUGAAAAACAGUGGAAGAGUGUGCUGGGACUCAGAGACCAAGUUGAAGUUCAUGUGGGGGAACCUGGCAGUGGGCUCGGGUGAAAGGUGGCGAGAGAUCGCAGUUCCCACACUGCAGCCAGGACAGGUGGGUGUGGUCAGCGUGGCACUCUGUGCUCCGACGCUAGAGGGCACCUACACUUCCCACUGGCGCUUAGCACACAGAGGAGAGCAGUUUGGGCCGCGUGUGUGGUGUAGCAUUGUGGUGGAUCCACAUGCUCCUACUGCCAUCUGUGCUGAUGGGCUGCUGGUGUCUCCAUGUGUCACCCCACAGGAGAAGUCUUCCCGCACUCUUGAGAGGGAGGACAAAUGCCAGGCUGCUUCAAGGGACCAACUGCUCUUAUCCGUGAACCAAGACUGUGAUCAGGAAUUCUACAUUCCAUCUGUGGAUUUACUCACAGCUCAGGAUUUACUGUCUUUUGAACUGCUUGACAUCAACAUUGUGCAGGAGCUGGAGAGUGUGCCAAACAACACUCCUGCAGACAUUACUCCAUGCAUAUCACCUCUGCCCCAUGAUGGACCUCUUCAGGAGAAAGCAACAUUGGGGCUGAUCCAAGAAGAAAUGGAAGCACAAGGAGUCAGCAACAUCUUGGAUGUGGCCCAGGGGACAGAAUUAGAGGGAGUUCCAGCUCAAGAGAAAGGAGAGGAGAGCAUCAUUGGACCUCAGUUUGUGAGUCCGUCUGUGAUCCGCUCACUCACCCUUUGUGGAGCUGCAGAACAUGGUACACUUUGUUGGAGAUGCCCCGCUAAAGUGGUACGCCCAGCACCCCAAGGUUCGGUGUCUCUUUGUGAGAGGAAAGCGGAGAAAGUUCCUGAAACAGGGGUAAUAUCUGCUCCAGCCCCACUCAGAGUAGAGACAGCAGGAGUCUCUGCCCCUGCUCCACCCCAGACAGAGACAGCUGAGAUAUCCACUCCUGCUCCCCUACUGACAGUUCCAACAGAGAUGAUUAGCACAGAUGAAUGUCAUGAGUCUGACAUUGAGCAAAUCCUAGUGGAACCUGCAGGUGGGGAUCAAGUACAGGAAGCAGGGGAGGAAGUUGAUAAGAAAGUGGAAGUGAAGAAUGUCGUAGCAGCUAAAGAAACCCGCAGUAGGACCUCAUCUGCGUCCUCCGAAGACUACAUCAUCAUACUGCCUGACUGCUUUGACACCACCCGUCCUCUAGGGGAGUCCAUGUACAGCUCAGCCCUGUCCCAGCCCGAAGAAGAGCUUGUAGAGGGAUCGGUGGAGGGGGACAAACUGGAAUCAGUGGAGACUGCAGAGAUCCAGAGCCCCACUGCCGCUACUGCAGAUGCUAAUGACAUGCUUUGUGCCUCACAGACUCUGGACACUGUACCACUAACUCCUGUGAUUGUAGUGGCACCCCGGCCCUCAGUUAAAUCCUGCACAGAGACACAAGAGCAGACAGAGAAUGGAGCAGAAGAGCAGGAGGGGAGUGAUCCAGGAGAGCCAGGAGUCAAAGAGAGAGAUUCUGAGCCCAAUCAGUCUGACCCUGAGAACUCAUCUAUAUCUGCGAAGUCUGAAACAGAAGAGCUCAGGGCUAAUAGCAUCACAGGUGGAUUGGUGAAAGGUGCCCUGUCUGUGGCAGCAUCUGCCUAUAAAGCUCUUUUUACUGGGCAAACUGGUUCUGAGAAGCUCCCAGAAGAUGCAGCAUCUCAUGAUGCCAUGAUGGCUGUGCUGGUAGAGAUGGGCUUUGGUGACCGAGCAUUAAAUCAGCGUCUUCUACAGAAACACAACCGCAACCUGCUGGAUGUGGUAAAUGAACUGGUGCAGAUGACUGACAACAACUGGUACACAACACGCUACUGAGAUGCAAAUAUAUUAUUUUCUUUCUAAAUCUGUUGUGUAUUUCUGUUUCUCUUUCUCUGUGCAAUCAGCAGCUCGUUCCAUGAUACAGACUCAAUUUUUCCAUUUGGGUUGUAAAGAUGGUGUGUGUUAAUCUGUCUGCUCCAAUGUGUAAUUGAUAAUCAUUAGAGAACCAGUUCAUCUCCAUUACAACUUUGCUUGUUGAAGUUUGUUGUUAGUGGGCAUUAAUGUUAUCACAAAGUUGAUCAUGGGUAGGUAAUAAACACUAAUAUUUCAAUAUUAUUCCAAUCUGAAAAUAUGCCUUGCUUCAAAUGAAAACUUAUGUUAUGAUGAUUUGAAAUAGUGUAUUUUAAAUACAGAUCAUUCUAAUAGUUGUUUGUUAAUAUGAAAAGCACUACAAUGUGACUGGUUAUUUAUAACAUUUAAGAGAGUUGUUUCUGUUCCCUGGAAAAGAGCAGGAUUGGAAAAGUGCAAUAGAUUUGGCUUUGUUUAGACUACGCGUUAAUCAUCAGCCAAGACCGAAUAGAGAAAGGCUUCUUAGUCAUUACAUGUGUCAUCUUAACAUGGACACAAGAUGACAAAAUUUCUCUUUACUGAAAAAAAAAAAAAAGUUUAGCGUGUAUGUUUUUUUGUUUUUGUUUUGUUUUUAUGCGCUCUUCUUGCUUAUUUGUGGGAAAUAUAAUAUUGAAGACUAUUGACUUGUUUCUAAAUGGUCCACGAAUUAGGGCACAUAUUGCACUUAGUGAAUGCGUUGCAUUUAUGUCUAUUGUCUCAAAAGGUCAUGUGUUGAAGCAGCAUUGCAUUUGAAUAGUUUAAAUGCGACUGCAAUGGACAGUGUGACGUUUAAUUUAUGCUUCGAAUGAUUAAGGACAACUUAGGCAAUCAUGAAAUAUAUUCAACAUCAAUUUGAAUGAAAAUGGUGAGACAUAUAGUUAAAAAAAAAUACAUGUUGUGCAUUCCAAACCAGAAAAUUAAAUCAUGCAAAUUAUAUAUAUUUUGAUAAUUAAAUAGCUCUUGUAUUUAGUAUAAUGAAGAAUGUAUCUCAAAGCUUUUCUUCAGUGGGAGAUUUUGAAACUACCUAAUAUCUAAAAUGUGAAAUCAUUCCCUGUAAAACAUUCAGCAUUUCCUAAUUUGCUUCAUCAAUGAAGAUAGCAUUUUUCAUAAAGUGUGUAUGGAUACUUUGUAAACUGGAUGAACAAGUGGUACU